UACAUUAUUCUUCAUUCCUCGAUCAGCUCCUCCCGGCCUGUAGCUUUUCAAUCUGUAAUAUUAUUGGAACUCCGAUCCGAUCCGGCGGCCACUGUACUUAAUUCCAUCUCAUCUGUCCCAUUACCGCCCAUCAUAUCAUAUGUGGAUUGGAUGGUAAUAAGAGGGUUUCAACCGUGCUAAACCACACCCCCACCCCCCAAAAAACAUUUAUAUAUACAUAUAAUAAUAUAUAUAAAAUGGCGUCGUUCAAUGGCGGAACACAAUCAAAAUGCAAGGUCUGUGAUAAGAAUGUUUACGCGGCAGAGAUGAUAGCUGCUCGUGGCGAAACUUAUCACAAUACUUGUUUCAGAUGCCGCCAGUGCAAUGGCCGACUCGCGCUGAGCAACUACUCCACCAUGGAUGGAGCUUUAUACUGCAACCCACAUUUCGAGCAGAUGUUUAAGGAAAAAGGAGUCACCGUCACAAGAUCACAGUCACUUGGAAAACAGGGCGGCGAACAGCUGACAAAAACUCAAAGCAAGCUGUCGGGUAUGUUCUCCGGCACCCAAGAAAAGUGCGCCGCCUGUAAGAAGACGGUGUACCCAUUGGAGAAGGUGACGGUGGACGGGGAGUUUUACCACAAGUCAUGCUUCAAGUGCUCGCAUGGAGGCUGCAUACUCACCACCUCAAACUACGCCGCCUUGGAUGGACUCCUUUACUGCAAACCCCACUUCUCUCAGCUCUUCAAGGAGAAAGGCUCUUAUAAUAAUCUUCGCAAGAGUAAUUCCCUCAAGGCUAACGAAGAUCUCUCCGCCGUCCUCCCCGCCGCAGACGACGCCGCCUCCGCUGCUGCAUCCGACCCCCCAGCUGCACAGCAGGAGGAGUAGUAUAUAUAUAUCAUAUAUACAUCCAUGCAUGCAUGGCCUGGAUGCAUGAUCCCAUCCCCACCACCUCGAUCGAUCUUAUCACCUCAGCUCAGCUCCAAAUAUUAUAAAUUAAAUAAUAAAUUCUAUUCGAUCUAGUUUAAUUUUGGAAUAUUUUGCAUUAAAAAAAAAUAGUAGUAAGAAUAAUUUAUUGGAAUAUUUUUUCCCCUCUCUAUAUGUUUUCAUUUUAUGUUUUGUAAUAGCUAGGACAAUAAAACUUUGAGCAUCGUGAAUGAAAUAUUACAAUUUUGCA